UUUUUUUGGACGAUCGCUUUAUUCCUUACACUUUCGUUGUUUUCAUGAGCGACGCCAAUGAGCAGCCCUCUUUUUGGCGGAUCCAGGACAGCCAAGGUCGUUAUCAUUGCGACUGGCGGUUAACUACGGUGAAUUGUGUGGAAGAGAACGCUUUGCGUUGGAUGUACAGUGUCAACGCGGCCGUCUCGGGUGUCGCCACCAUCAUCGCUGCGGCCUUGCUUUAUUGGCGAUUAUACCAUAGAAAUCAGAAAAUCUUUGAUUUCCAGACAGGAUUCUUGCGUCCCAAACCGAUCGAAUCCAUGGCUUUAUUUGGCGUCAUCUUUAAUUUACUCCAAACCAUUCAUGCCAUCAUCAUGGUUACAGAUGUAGCACCAACACCCAUCUUUCGUUCAAUAUUUUUUGAAUUACCAUGGCAAUUUGGUUUUUGCGCGCUGGCAUGCUAUUUAUUUGGUGUGGCUCAUACCUUAUCAGAUAGCAGCAAAUUCAUUUACAGUGCCUGGAUACGAUCGCCAAUUAUUGUCGAUACCAUCUGUCUUCUCGUUAUUACCUUGCCUUUUGUCACUAACAACAUAUGCUCCGUAGCCGCCGGCGUCUUCGCCGCACGAGGCAAUAACGAAUUAGCCGAACGAUUCACCAAUGCUCUGUAUGCAUUAUGGACCCUUUACACGGUCUUCCUAGGCAUUUUAAUUCUGUACGCAGGACUGCGUUUACUACACCUACUGAACCAUAAUUUAUUGAUGCAAUCAAAUCGCCAACUGAAUAUCGGCAAAAUCAAGACAGGUGCUCUCAAAGUCAGGAUCAUCAUGGCCGCAGGAUGCCUGUGUCUGUGGAUUUUCGCCAUCAUCCUGUUACUGUAUGCAUGCAUACGUCUUACCAUUUCUCAGAAUUACGCAUUCAAUAUGAUCAUUGCUGUCAUAUGGAGAUUUGACGGCACCUUUGCCACCCUUGUCGUUGAAUUUGCCGUCAUCCUAAAUCCUCGUAUGACCGCCAGUCUUGCCCACCUUUCCUUUGGGUCCGAACCAUCCAAUACUACUGUAUUAUCGGAUUCACGGCAAUUCACUCUUGAUGACGACAACGCGCGCUCCAAGGAAAGAUUCUCGGGGUCACGGAAUCCAGGCGAUGUCAAAGAUACUUGGAUACCCGUUUAUGCAAUGGGUACUGAGGAAUAUAAACGCAACAUGUUGGCGCAAAUCACGCGCCCUGAGCCAUCCUUCAGUAAGGUGGAGGAAGAUCGAUUGCAAUACGAUGCUAUGACAAACCAACUCCGCACCUCUCCGCCACAUUAUCUGAGCUACGAAGAUCGCCGCGCCGAAACCAAUGAAUCCGUCGAGUCAUCGCUUUUCGCCGACUCCACCAUAUCCGCAUCUCACUUACUAACCUCCUCUGCGUCAUCACGACCAAUCAUUUAAUAUAUAUCCAGAAGCAUAACACCUAGCAAAAAAGUCACUUUUUUACUGAUUAUAUUCCACUAUUAUAAUAUUCCUUUAUCACUAUUCCCUGUUUUUACUUUGAAAAUUAUCUCAAGACACAAUUAAUGCAUCCUGUGUAUGAUCAAAAUAUAGUAAAGUAAAUGGUGUCCUGAAAAGGCGUAAACAAAAGGUGGCGCAGGCUGACGUCUCUAUGAAUUUUUAGCCAAACGUUUCGAUCUCGUCAAAAAAAAAAAAAAUUCGUGGAUAAACAUUAAAAAGAAGAAAACACUACAGACGAACCUUUGAAAAGAAAAAGAA